UUUAAGAUGAUUUUUUUUUUAUGUGAUCAUUUCUAUUACAUUUUGGCAGCAGCAGCCUUCCAUAGUUCGUUUUUUGGCUCUUUCGGCCUCCCAUACUUCCCAUUUAAUUGAAACACUUCACAUUCCAGCAGAGCGUAAAAACGUCAUAGGGGGCGGAGCUACGUUCUUUCCCCCUCCCCCCCAUACCACGAGGCUCGAGUGUUGACAGGCCGAUUACCGCCCACAGGCUCCCGCAUUCAUCCUCCUCUUAUCCGGCAGACAAAGCGUCGUCUCUCCGUCCGAGCGGUCUUACCACCGCCCGUAAGCGGCUCCUCAUCCCGGUUAGCCGCAGUUACAAGCGGAAAGAUUCUCACAAAAAAGUAGCGGCCGUGCGGGAAUCGAACCCCCGAGUCGGUUUUGACUGCGGGGGCCAGCCGCGCAGGCCCCGCCUUCUCUUAAUUUGUCAACAAAGGGGUUUGACAGGCUGGUGGAAGCCCUGCCCCCAUGUUCCCAUAAAAGGAUGGUUCGGUCAUACCCGGCCAACAACCGAGCCGCGGCUGCCCUCUUCGCGUUCCGCUCCCGUUCAUAUGCUGCGCUGACUUCCUCCGUUCGAGCGGAGCUAUCAUGGCGGAGCGCGGCCCCCCAGCGAAGCGGCUCUGCUGUCGACCGGGCUUCGGAGCGGCGUGCCGCGCAGGCCCACGCGCCGCCGGGGGCCCCUGCGGCGGCGCCGCCGCCUCGCAGGGCGAUCCGAGCCGGCGCCACAGCCCGGAGUCCCUGCUGGACAUCGCGGCGCGGAGAGUUGCGGAGAAGUGGCCGUACCAGCGGGUGGAGGAGCGCUUCGAGCGGAUCCCGGAGCCCGUCCAGAGGCGGAUCGUGUACUGGUCGUUCCCGAGGAGCGAACGGGAAAUCUGCAUGUAUUCGUCGUUCGGCACCGGCGGGGAGGAGAGCGGCGCCGGCGGGGACAGCGGUGACGAGACGCGGCUGCCGUUCCGGAGAGGCGUCGCGCUGCUCGAGAGCGGCUGCGUGGACAACGUCCUGCAAGUGGGUUUCCACCUGAGCGGCACGGUCCGGGAAUCCGCCACGGCCUCGGAGCCGGAGCUGCUGUGCAACGUGAGCGUCAGCUUCGACCGCUGCAAGAUCACGUCGGUGACGUGCAGCUGCGGCAACAAGGACAUUUUCUACUGCGCCCACGUGGUGGCGCUCUCCCUGUACCGAGUACGGAAGCCCGAGCAGGUCAAACUGCGCCUGCCCAUCUCAGAGACGCUGUUCCAGAUGAACAGAGAUCAGCUGCAGAAGUUCGUCCAGUAUCUGAUAACGGUCCAUCACACGGAGGUGCUGCCGACGGCGCAGAAGCUCGCCGACGAGAUUCUGUCGCAGAACUCAGAGAUCAACCAGGUUCACGGAGCUCCUGACCCGACAGCGGGUGCCAGCGUGGACGACGAGAACUGCUGGCAUCUGGAUGAGGAGCAGGUCCAGGAGCAGGUCAAGCUCUUUCUGUCCCAGGGGGGGUACCACGGCUCAGGGAAGCAGCUCAACCUGCUGUUCUGCAAGGUCAGAGAGAUGCUGAAGAUGAGGGACUCCAACGGGGCGCGGAUGCUAACGCUGAUCACGGAGCAGUUCAUGGGGGACCCACGGCUGGCGCUGUGGAGGCAGCAGGGGACCGCCAUGACAGACAAAUACCGGCAGCUGUGGGACGAGCUAGGAGCUCUGUGGAUGUGCAUCGUGCUGAACCCUCACUGCAAACCCGAGCAGAAGGGCUGCUGGCUGCGACAGCUCCGCCGGUGGAACGGCGUGGACGUGUGUCCCCUGGAGGACGGUAACCAUGGCAACGAGCUGACCAAUCUGACCAACGCUCUGCCUCAGGGCCCCGCGGGCAACCCAGACUCGCUGAUGCGACCACACCGAACCGUGUUCACUCGAGCUAUCGAGGCCUGCGACCUUCACUGGCAGGACCCCCACCUGCAGCACAUCCUCAGCUCGGACCACUACGCCGACCACUGUUACCACGACGACCUGGAUGCAGGAUGGUGGCCUCUGUGGCACGAGCACGUCCCCACGGCCUGCGCCCGCGUGGACGCCCUGCGGUCGCACGGGUACCCCCGGGAAGCCCUGAGGCUCGCCGUCGCCAUCGCCAACACGCUGCGACGGCAGCAGCAGAAGCAGCUGGAACUCUUCCGCACGCACAAAAACGAGCUGCUCAACAGAGGAGUGACCUCCAUCACCAACCUGGAGGGGUGGGUGGGGCACCCGCUGGACCCCAUCGGCACCCUGUUCAGCACCCUGAUGGAGUCCGGGAGGGUGGCAGAGGAUCGCGGUCCACCUGAGCCACCAGCAUCGGCGGGCUCGGGCAGGAAGACGGAGAGCCCGGAUCUCCCGGCUCAGCGCCCCCUGGAGGACGGAGAGUCGUUUGUGCUGUUGGCCGUGGAGACGGCUCUGAUUGGCUUAGGCCAGCAGAGGGUGAUGCCGGAGGGGCUGUACGCCCAGGAGAAGGUGUGCCGCAACGAAGAGCAGCUGCUGGCCAAGCUCCAGGAAGUGGAUUUAGAUGAAACGUUGGUUCAGAUCUUCCGGAAACAAGCCACCGUUCUGCUAGAGGCUGGUCCUUACAGCGGUCUGGGGGAGAUCCUCUACCGGGAGAGCGUCCCCAUGCACACGUUUGCCAAGUAUCUCUUCACAUCCCUGCUACCUCACGACGCCGAGCUGGCGUACAGAAUUGCACUGAGGGCCAUGAGGCUGCCCGUUCUGGAGUCCCCGGCGCCCCCUGCUGACCUGUCUCGACCUCACCACAUCGUGUCGGUGGUGCCGAACCGCUACCCCCGCUGGUUCACGCUGAGCCACAUAGAGAGCCAGCAGUGUGAGCUGGCCUCCACCAUGCUCACCGCUGCUAAAGGUGACACCUGUAAGCUCCAGAUCGUGCUGGAGUCCAUCCAGAAGAACAUCCACUCAUCCUCCCACAUCUUCAAGCUGGCUCAGGAUGCCUUCAAAAUCGCCACGCUCAUGGAGAGCCUGCCGGACCUCACGCUGCUCAAAGUCUCCCUGGAGCUGGGCCUUCAGGUGAUGAGGAUGACCCUGUCCACCAUGAACUGGAGGAGGAGGGAGAUGGUGCGCUGGCUCGUCACCUGUGCCACAGAAGUUGGUGUGUUUGCGCUGGACAGCAUCAUGCAGAACUGGUUCACCCUCUUCACCCCGACUGAAGCCACCAGCGUCGUGGCGACCACCGUCAUGUCCAACAGCACCAUCGUGCGCCUGCACCUGGACUGCCAUCAGCAGGAGAACCUGGCAAACUCCGCCCGGACCCUGGCGCUGCAGUGCGCCAUGAAGGACCCCCAAAACUGUGCUCUGUCGGCGCUCACGCUCUGCGAGAAGGACCAGAUCGCCUUCGAGACGGCGUAUCAGAUCGUGCUGGACGCGGCUGCCACGGAGAUGAACUACACUCAGCUGUUCACCAUCGCACAUUACAUGGAGCACCGCGGCUUUCCCACCAGGGCGUACAAACUCGCCACGUUAGCGAUGACGCACCUGAACCUCAGCUACAACCAGGACACGCACCCCGCCAUCAACGACGUGCUCUGGGCCUGCGCCCUCAGCCACUCGCUGGGGAAAAACGAGCUGGCGGCGGUCAUCCCCCUGGUGGUGAAGAGCGUCAAGUGCGCCACCGUGUUGUCGGACAUUCUGCGGCGGUGCACGCUGACGACGCCGGGGAUGGUGACACUGCACAGCCGCAGGAACUCUGGGAAGCUGAUGUCUCUGGACAAGGCUCCGCUCAGGCAGCUGCUGGACGCCACCAUCGGGGCCUACAUCAACACCACGCACUCCCGGCUGACGCACAUCAGCCCGCGCCACUACAGCGAGUUCAUCGAGUUCCUCAGCAAAGCCAGAGAGACGUUCCUGAUGGCGCACGACGGACACUUGCAGUUCACGCAGUUCAUAGACAACCUGAAGCAGAUUUACAAGGGCAAGAAGAAGCUGAUGAUGCUCGUACGAGAGCGCUUCGGAUGAAACUGGAUCUUAUGACCAACUUUGUUUUUACAUCCUCCAACUUGAAGUUCGAAUUCUUUUAGAAGAUGUGAAGAACGACUUCCUGAAGGCAAAAAAACCCACAAUCCUGAAGCCAACUGAGCGCGAGCAGACGCGGAAAACAUGGUUUCCGUUUUCAGAACCGGGGAGCAGAUGCAUCAAACCAGACGUAAUCUAUGAGAUUAAAACAUCUGAUCUACUUUUAGUUUCAUGUUCAGUGAGAAGUUGCAGUCUUGAAAAGAAACAGAACUAAUUUUCUACAACUAUCUCUUCUGGAGUCUUAAAAGAAUGACAAACUGUCCUUGAAACCAUCGGUUACCAUAAAGAAAUGGGAAAGUCUUUCUUUAAAAAGAUAUCCUAAUAAAAUUAACAACUAAUGUUAAAGAGGCUGUUAGGAACUGACUCAAAUUUGAUCGUAUUUACCCUCUAACACCGUAGCGUUCACUAUCUUUGAACUCUGUUUACCCAAUUAACAUAAUUAAAGAGAAAAGCGUCUUUGCAACGAUACCAAACACGUAACAUUGAUUUUGUUUACAUUUUACAACUGUUAACAAGUGAUUUUGACACGUAGAAAAGCAGUUUUGCACCAAAUUAUUUAGCUAUCGCUGCUUACGCAAAUAAUGUAAUUUCUCCACUUUUUUCUAAAGUGGAGAAAAGCAGCUUUGCUACAACAUGUGAAACUAUCAAUAAAAAGUAACGUAGCGUUUAUUAGAGCAUAAGUUUGUAGAAAUUGUGUUGAUUGCAUAAAGAAAGAGUUACAGGCGUCAUUUCUCCAUCACUGUUUACACAUUUAACAUAAUUCCAACAGAUUUGGAUGCAGAGAAAAGUUAGCGUUGGAUGUUAGCUCUGAUAUGCUAAUGUGUAACAUGUCCGCUGGAACGUAAAUCCAGAGAAAACGUUGAUUGCAUAAAAAAGUUCAACGCGUUAGCCGUUAAUAAAAUUGCUACUUUAGUAAAAAUGUAGCAAUUUGACCCAUUUAUUAAAACAUAAGUCUGUAGGAAUCGUCGAUUCAAAGAACACGUUAUUUUGUAUUACGGUUUACACAACUAACGUGGAGAAAAGAUGUUUUCACUUUAUAGUAGUAAAAAAUGUUUAUGCACUUAACAGAAUUCCAACAGAUUUUGACAGAGAAAAGUGGCUUUUCACUUUAAAGUAAAUUAUUGCAUGUUGGCACAAAGCUGCUUUUCUGUUGACGUGUAGAAAAGCAGCUUUGCCCCGACAACAUAAUGUAACAUAACGGUUGUAAAUCCAUAGAAAAUGUUUACUGGAUUAAAAAUUCAAAGAGUUUAAAUAACAGCGUUAUUUAGCUGUUAGUAAAAUUGCUACAUUUGUAAAUUGUAGCAUUUCGACACAUUAGAACCCAAAUCUGGAGGAAUUGUGUUGAUUGCUUAAAUAACUUAAGAGUUACGGUAGUUCAAAGAACGUUAUUUUUACUUUAAUGUUUACACAAUUAAGGUACAGCAGUUUUCCCAACAAAGUGGUCACAUGUUAACGUUUGGUUAAGGACUCCUUCACUUCACUUUUUGACGUGUUGGCUGUUCGUAUAAAUCAAGGUCCGUAACCCUCGGGACGCAGAACUGGACGCAGACUAGUCUCUGGGAAGCAUCCAGUACCGGUACCACUGGACAUGGUACUGGAUGCGGUACCAGGCGCAAACCGCACUCUGCAUCCCAGGACUGGUCCGUGCCCGGAGGUUGGGGACCCGUGAUUUAAUGGGAACAGCCAGCACGUCAAAAAAUGAUGCAUGGGAGACCAAACGUCAAUAUGUGACGAGUUGAGAGUGACAAUGCUGCUCUUCUCUGCAACAGAAUUAAGUCAAUUGCAUAAACGCUAAGAGUUACGGUAGGUUACAGAGAAGGUCUUAUUUUGCCAUUUGAAUUCUAAAACGGAGAAAAUCUGUUUUGUUCUGAUAUGUGACACUGAACAGUAGUAAGUUAUGUAUUUCUAACAGAUUCUGAUCUGAGUUCCUCCUUUUCUAACAUGAAUCGUCACAUGUUGAUGUAAAGCUGCUUUCCUUUUAUUGUGUCAGAGAACGUGUUAUUUAGUCGUCGCCGGCUCCGCUGUUAAAGGGUUAAGCUACACUUCCACAGUUGUUACAUUCUUUUUUUUUAAACAUCUGACUCUUCUGUGGAUAAAUGCUUCAGUCGACUGUUGUUGAUGCGUCUGAUCCCCGGUUAGAUGGUUUCACGACGGAUCCAAGCGGUCGUCGGAUGUUUCCCUUUACACGGUCGCACACGGAGUGUUUGGUCUGCGUCUUCGCUCUCAGCCUCAAAGAGAAAAACGGCUUUAAACCAAAAGUCCAUCCGAGUACCUCUUCCUGAAAGGAUCCAGCUGUCCCCUCUCAUCCACUGAAAAAACUCCACAUGAGGAUUUAUUUUGCUUCCGUCUUCAGGCUUCACUGUCGGCGUUCGUUCUCAGGGAUUUCUCUAAAAAAUAAACAAAAAAAAAGAACAAAAGCAUUUUAUUGUUGUGUACAUAUGAAAGUAUAUGUCUGAUUCUUGAGAAAAUGUAUAUGUUCACUAAUUUAUGACAGAAUAUUCUAUGUAAGGCACAAUACUUGAAGCUGCAGUCCUUUUGGGUUUUGACAGACAAACAUAUCAGUAGGACAGGAAGUGGGUUUCUCCUCCUGAACGUCUUCAGACGUUUGGGAACGUCGCUGUGGAGGCAGAGCUCCUCAGGAGCAGCCUUCUUCCUCGCCUUGUCUUAACGCUUUAAAAUAACCAAAUGGGAGCGGCGUCUACCGAACUGUCCCAGCCGACGAACUUGCAUUAGUCUGUGGUUGAGGAUCCGUGUUCUGUGCUUCUAAAGCUCGUCUGUUGGUUCCGUGUCGUCUGUUUGUAGCGCCUUCUUCUAGAAACUAAUGAGGCUCCUUUUUAUUUAUGCCGCUCCGUGAAUGAUUGUAUGAACACGUCAACACGAGGCGACGAUUUGAUACACUGAUUUAUUUAUGUAACUAAAUCACUGUUUUUUAAGCUUGUUAUUAAAUCGACACUUUGUUUUAAAUAAAUGACUUUUUGACAAGA